AUCAUUUCUCUGUGAGAACGUCGCUGUGCUGGAAGUUCUCGAGCUUUUGUGGUUUUAACAAAAUUAAUUUCGUGCUGAAAAUGAAAGUGACGGUGUUCCUUUUUCUUUUCCUCGGAUAUUUCUUCUUCAUCCAUUCAUUGCCUCUCGAUGGAGAUUUUGGAGAUGCUUUGAGUGACCUCAACCCGCAAGAACUUGGCGAAGAUCGCGUGCAGAAUGUUGAGGAAUUGGCAGAAAGUGAACGCAUGAAGAGAUCCCCAUUUGGGAUCAUUGUUGGCGGGUAUGGAGGAGGACAUCAUCACCAUCAUCACCAUCACCAUCAUCAUGGCCACCAUCACCAUGGACAUGGAUGGGGCCACCACCACCAUCAUCAUCAUCACCAUGGGCAUCAUCAUGGGUGGCAUGGUCAUCACCACCACCACCACAAGCACCAUCAUGGGCAUUGGGGAUAGGCGUAGCACGUGCUCUUGCCCACCUGGCGAUAUCAUGUUUAUUUGCUUUAUUUUCUAUGCUGCUGACAAAAUCCGGGGGAAAAAGCCUCAAGUUUAGGCCAAGAAGAAGACAAAAAACAUGUUUUAGCAUUCGGAAGAAAAAUAAAAACAAUUCUGAGUUAGUAGUUCAAGGAAAUCAGCGAGAUUGAUUUUUUAUUGAUUGUAUGUAGGUAUUUAUUUCUUAUGCUUUAUGAUCCAGCGCAAGGUGAGAAAGAGUGUCAAAAAUUGAGUCACACGCACCACAUGAUCCGUGUGGCCAGUGUGUGAGGAGUGAAAGACCAGGUGAAGAGAAGAUGAUGUGGUGUGGUGGAGUCAAUGUCACUGACCAAGGUUCACAGAGGGUCCACGCGGUGACUGCCCACAGAGAUUCUCGCGAUGAGAAAAUUUCCGGCGACAAUGUGAGCCACUUUCAAUUUCUCAGCGAUCCCCCCAAAAAAAUCCAAUCAUUGUCGGUGAAUAAACUCCACAUCCAAAGGAAGGUGGAAUGGGGGGAAAAAUUGCAAAUCAGUUCAAUGGUUACCGCAUGAAAAAUCCAAAGGACGCGCAGCAGCGGAGGGAGGUGUUGUUGCCGAAAAAGAAAAAGAAACAACCAGGUAUAUAAAAGAAACCACUCCACCUUGUUGGAGUAUCAAAUUGUGUCGCUCAGCCAAAGUGGACAAGUGUUUCUUGUGAAAAAAUAUAUAAAUACUCCAGUGUUGCUCAAGAAGUGCAAGAAGAAAAUUUCAAGAUGUCUCCACUUAAGAUUGUUGUACUUGCUGUGGCUCUCGUUGCAUUUGUGAGUGCUCAGGAACAGCAGCAGGAUACCAACAGGCAGGCUGAAGGCAAGGAGCUGGAGUUGGCUGCUGAUGAGCCAGCUGAUGCACAGGGACGCACAGCUCGUGGAAUUGGCUUUGGAGCUGGCAUUGGGGUUUACGGUGGAAUCGGAAUUGGACAUGGUUAUGGAGGCCACGGAUACGGUGGGUACGGCCGUCCUGGCUUCGGUUAUGGACAUGGAUAUGGUCAUGGUUAUGGCUACGGUGGUGGACACGGCUACGGAGGAUAUGGAGGAUACCAUGGUGGACACUACGGUGGUCACUACGGCGGCUACCACGGUGGACACUACGGACACCACGGCCAUGGAGGAUACGGAGGUUACGGACACGGAGGAUACGGCCAUGGAGGUUACGGACAUGGAGGCUAUGGCGGUUACGGUCACGGAUACGGCCAUCAUGGUGGAUUCUUCUAAACAUCCCAAUUGCCACCACAAAAACAGCCACAACCAAAAAUUUCCUCCCCAUAAUCCUUUGUAAAUUAUUACCACCUAAUAGACUGCUCUUUAUUCCGUCAAAAUGAUUUUUUUUCUAUCAAUCUUCCUGAUUUUCUUCGUCAAAAGUUAAGGAGAAAAAAAUGGCUGAUUAACGGUUGUUGAAUUUGAAUUAACUGCCUUUGAAAUGCCUUUAAUUAAUUAUUCCUUCAAUUACCCACCUCAUAAUAUUAUUCUUUCACAUUAAAUCCAUUCUUCACCUCUAAACUCUCUUUCUUCUCCGUCCAAUUUAUUCAAUUCUAACCAGAUCACCUGCUAAUUAGCAACCACACACCACUGGUUCCGUAAACACAGUGCGUUUUGCAUGAAAACAUCUUUGGACCUGGCAGGCGAGAUUGCCAAAAAAUGUGUUUUUCUGCAGAUGAUCAAUUAGAACCAUUGAGGCAUUCCUUUCGCUAACUUAUGCCAAAACAGAGAAGCCACUAAUAAGAUGAGUCAAGAGGCCAGAACGCAAUGCGGGGCAUCUCUCUCAUUGUUUACACAUCGCAUGCUAAUUGGUUCGAGAUUUGCUUCUUUCUUAGCUCAAGAUCAGCUCCGCUCAGUUUGGUGUUGUCGCCCAAGGAGUGAAGAAUAAUCUCUCAAAGCUUCUUUAAAAAAUUUACUACAAUGCGUCUGAUUGUUGUGAUCCUUGCUAUCCUGCAGUUUUUAGCAAUUACAAUUUCAAAUCCUCAUCAAGGUGGAGUUUCAGCUGCGGGGGGCAGUGGAGCUGCUAUUACAGCGGCUUUUGCAUUGAAUCAGCGAAAGAGGAAGUUCAGGAGAAGAUACAGAGGAGCUCCGUACUGUGUAAGAAAGCCCCACAACUGCUACCCCUAUCGGAGAAGUCCACCAUACCCCUACUACAACCCUCAUCCCAUUGCCAUCCCCGUUGCUCUAUUCUUCCCCUAAAAAGAAGAGAGAAGACUGGCAGGCAAGACAAGCACGUGGAUUUGUGGGAAAGGCCAGAGCCUCGGCCAGAGCAGAGAUGUGAUAAUAAAAGUGUUAUUGUGCAAAA